GGCCCGGCGGCGCGCGGCGGUGACGCGACGGGGGGGGGUCCUGGGGCCGCCGCCAUGGCCGGGGUUUUCGACAUCGACCUGGAGACAGAGGAGGGCAGCGAGGGGGAGGAGCCGGAGUUGGGCGCGGAGAUGGACUUGGAGCUGCGGGGCAAUGGCCUGGAGCCCGUGGGGCACUACGAAGAGAUUGAGAUCUCGGAGAGCAGUGUCAACAAUGGUCCCGAGCGCAUCGGCCCCCACUGCUUCGAGCUGCUGCGUGUCCUGGGCAAAGGUGGCUAUGGCAAGGUCUUCCAGGUGCGGAAAGUGCAGGGCACAAAUGCAGGGAGAAUCUUUGCCAUGAAGGUCUUGAAGAAGGCUAAGAUUGCCUGCAAUGCCAAGGACACGGCUCACACCAAGGCCGAGAGGAACAUCCUAGAGGCCAUCAAGCACCCCUUCAUCGUGGACCUGAUCUACGCCUUCCAGACAGGCGGCAAGCUCUACCUCAUCCUGGAGUGCCUGAGUGGCGGAGAACUCUUCAUGCAGCUGGAACGGGAGGGCAUCUUCCUGGAGGACACAGCAUGCUUCUACCUAAGUGAGAUCACGCUGGCCCUGGGCCACCUCCACUCCAAUGGGAUCAUCUACCGGGACCUCAAGCCAGAGAACAUCAUGUUGAAUAGCCAAGGGCACAUCAAAUUGACGGACUUUGGGCUGUGCAAGGAGUCCAUCCAUGAUGGAGCUGUCACCCAUACUUUCUGUGGCACCAUUGAGUACAUGGCUCCAGAGAUCCUGGUGCGGAGCGGGCAUAACCGUGCUGUGGAUUGGUGGAGCCUUGGGGCCUUGAUGUAUGACAUGCUCACUGGAUCGCCGCCCUUUACUGCAGAGAACCGAAAGAAAACCAUUGACAAGAUCCUGAAGGGCAAGCUGGUCCUGCCACCCUACCUGACCCCUGAUGCCCGUGACCUGCUCAAGAAGUUCCUCAAGAGAAACCCCGGCCAAAGAAUCGGGGGAGGGGCAGGCGAUGCGGCUGAUGUGCAGAAACAGCCAUUCUUCCGGCACGUCAAUUGGGAUGACCUGCUGGCACGGAAGUUGGACCCACCCUUCAAGCCCUGCCUGCAAUCAGAUGAUGACGUCAGCCAGUUCGACACCCGUUUCACUCGCCAGACUCCCGUGGACAGCCCUGAUGAUGCCUCCAUCAGCGAGAGUGCCAACCAGGCCUUCCUGGGAUUCACCUAUGUGGCCCCAUCGGUGCUGGAGAGCAUUAAGGAGGGCUUCUCUUUCCAGCCCAAGGUGCGCUCCCCUCGCCGCCUCAACAGCAGUCCCAGGACACCUGUAAGCCCUGUGAAGUUCUCUCCCUUUGAGGCCUUCAAGCCCAGCCCCACCACAGAGCCCAUGGAGCUGGGGUCCACACUGCCUCUGCCCCCCGCAGAGGGCACAGCACCCCUGCCCAUCAAGACCCCGGCAGGUGCCAAGAAACAGAAGGGGGGCCGAGGCCGGGUGCCGAGGUAGCUGUGGGGGAGGGAGGAAGCAGCAUCCCUGCCUGGGCAGGAGGCUCAGCGUGGGCUGGCAUGAGGAGCCCUGUAGGGGUGGUUCCCCGUGCAGGUGCCUGGCCCAUCGGUGACUCGUGAGGGGGGUGUGUGACCCUCGGGACCUGGGUGGGGCUCGUGGGGCACUGGGGCCCCCAGCCCAGAUGGACUUGGAAGGAGAUGCUUGCAGUGCUGUGCUUCUCUGGCCCGGGGGGGGCCCAGCUUUGGGCGGGUGGGAUGGGUGCAUUCGGGGUUGGGCACAUGCCCUGGAUGCCCCUCUCCCCAUCAUCCCCUGGGCUAUGACCUUUGCCUUGGGGCUCGUAACCCUUCACUUGGUGCUCAGUUUUUAUUGCUGCAAAUCAUGGUUGUGUGCUGGGGAGACAGGAGCUGGCAUGUGGGUGGGGAAGGGUGGGAAGGGGACUGAUGGUAGGGAGCCGCAUGAGGUAUGAGCGUGAGCUUUGUGUGUGUAGGCAUGAGUGAGCUUCGUGUGUGUGUGUGUGUGUGGGGUGGGGAGUUGUAUGCGAGCAGGGGUGGUAGGGUGUGUGUGUGUGCAGGGGUAGGGGUAAGGUAGGAUGGGUACUGGGCUCUGACCUGGGCG